UUGGAUGAAUUCGAAUUAAAGGAACAUUUAUGUCAUUCGAUUCUUCAUGCUAUCAAAAUUAGUAUUUUUGAGCGAUUAGAGGAACCGGAUUUGAUUGGAACUUGUGAGUUUUUUGUGCUUUUUUUUUAAAAAUCCAUAAUUUUUCUACUGAAAAAUUGAAGUUUUAUUUCCCAAAAAAGUUUCCAAAAAUCCAUGAUUUUUCUGAGAAAAAAACCCUUUUUCCUUCUGAAAAAUUGAAGUUUCAUUGAUUUUUGAAAUUCAAAUUUUGAAAAGAAAAACACAGUUUGUAAUUUACAAACCCAAAUCGAUAGAUCUCAAAUUUUUCGAUAAUUUUUGGUGUAGAUCAAAAAUAAUUCGUUCUCUAAAUCUCUCAUUUUUUUUAGUGUCAAGUCUCAAAAAAUUCCCGGAACAUUUGAAUAUUUCUGCUAAAAAUUUAGAAUUUUUAAUCAAAGUUCAAAAGAUGUCUUGAAUUACCAUGUAAACCAUUUUUUACAGAUCAGAUCGGAAUUUGGAGAUUUUUGGGCAACCAAAAACUUGGAUGUUUUGAAGAAAAUGAAGAUAUCAAUCAAUUUCCGAUGGAUUCAUUCAAUGUAAUUUGAUGUGAUGAGAAUAAGUGUUGAUCAAUAUGCCAUUCUUGCAAUUUUCGAAAGUUAUUUGGAUUGAGAUCGGAAGAUGGAAAUAUUGGAGUAUGGUGGCUCCAGUAUUUUCAAAUUAGUUGUGCAAAAAGUAAAAUGGAUUGAUUGGGUUGAAACAUGAAUUUGGAAAGAAUAAUUGGAUGAAUUGGAGUUGAACUUCAUGAUGAUUGGAAAAUAUGUAUUUUCGAGAGAUUGCCGAAUCCGGAUUUGAAUUGAAUUAGUGAGUUUUUGUGCUUUUUGUUUAAAAAAUCCAUGAUUUUUGUACUGAAUUUUAAGGUUACUGUAGCUUGAAUUUUUUCACAAAAAUCUUAAAUUUCGAAAUUUGACGCAAUUUUUGAAUUUUAAUAAAAAAUAAAAUUUUUCAGCUGAAAAAAAUCAAGAUUCGAAUUUUUCCAGCUGAAAAUUCAAAAUUUUAUUGAUUUUUUUUUGAGGUUCAAUUUAUCUUGAAAAAAACUAGAAAAUUUCAGCCGAAAUGUUCGAGUUUUUUUUCAAGAAAUUUCAAAAAUUCCAAAAUGUCUCGUUUUGAGCUGAAAAUCAGAAUUUUAUCGAUUUUAAAAGAUCAUCGAUCUCAAAUAUUGGAGAAAACUUUCCAAUUUGAAAUUAUUAAACUUCAUAUUCUUGGAUUACUGUAAAAUUCAGUUUUCAGCUCAAAAAUUUAAGAAUUCCUGAAUUUUAGGGUUACUGUAGCUUGAAUUAUUUCACAAAAAAUCUUAAAUUUCAGUCUACUCUUGGAUUGAUAAAAACAAAUUUACAUUCCGAAAAAUUUUCCGAAAUAAAUUCAGAAAAAAAUAUUUAUUCAUUUUUCAGGCGUGGAAUUGGAAACGUGUUCUCUUCAAAGUCAUUUGCAAUUUUUUGGUAGAAAAUUCUUUGGCUCGCUUCAAAUCAUCGACAAGAAGUUCUCAAAUUUUUCGGAUUUUUGACCAAAAUCGAAAAGAAUUUGAUGAUUUUUCCAACAACUCGCGAUCGAAUGUUGUGGAAAAUUGAUCGAUUAUUUGCUCUCAACUCAAAUAUUCGAUGUCGAAAAAUAUGGAUUUGAAUUUGUGAUGAAAACUGAAGAUUCGAAUGAAGAUUUUGAAGGGCUGCAUUCCAAUUGAUGACUGGAUGUAGCAAAUUCUCCAAUUUUUUGUGAGAAUCGGAAAAUGAUUGUAAACAAUCCGGGCGUAACUCCGAUAACGACGCGCAGGGUAUUGGUAGCCGACCUGUGAAAAGUCAAAUGAGCGGCUCCCAUGCCUUUGUGCAAAAACCCCCACGUGGAACAUUCAAUUGCACCAUUUUUCUUUUUGAAAAUGGUGUCCAAGUAAUGUGAAGCGCAAUUUAGGAUAUUCUGAAGAAUUGGAUCAAUUUAUGGAUGUUUCGGAGAUUCUGAAUUUCUUCAAUUUAAUUUGAUGCGAUGAAUAUAAGAAAGUAUCAAUGCUGACCAUUUUUGCAAUUUUCGAAGGUUAUUUGGAUUGAGAUCGGAAUGAAAAUUUUGGAAAUAUGGUGGAUCCAAUAUUUUGAAUUAGUUGUGCAAAAUGCGAAAAUGAAAGAUUGAUAGGGUUGGAAAUUGAAUUUGGCAAGAAUAAUUGGAUGAAUUCGAAUUGAAGGAAGAUUUAUGAGAAUCGAUACUUCAUGCUAUCAAAAUAUUUAUUUUUUAUCGAUUAGAGGAACCGGAUUUGAAUACAAUUGGUGAGUUUUUUGUGCUUGUUUUUUCAAAAAUCCAUAAUUUUCCUACUGAAAAAUUGAAGUUUUAUUUUCCAAAAAAAGUUUCCAAAAACCAUGAUUUUUCUGAGAAAAAACCCUUUUUUCCUUCUGAAAAAUUGAAGUUUUAUUGAAUUUUUUCGAAUUCUAAAAAAUGAAAAAUGGAAAUUUUUGAUUUUUAAAGCUGAAUUUUUGAUAACAAAAACACAGUUUGUAAUUUACAAACCCAAAUCGAUAGCCCUCAAAUUUUUCGAUAAUUUUUAGUGUAGAUCAAAAAUAUUUUUUCUCUAAAUCUCUCAUUUUUGAUUGUAUCAAGUCUGCAAAAUAUUUAAAUUUUUAUGCUCAAAAUUUAGAAUUUUCAAUCAAAGUUCAAAAGAUUUCUUGAAUUAUCCUGUAAACCAUUUUUUACAGAUCAGAUCGGAAUUUGGAGAUUUUUGGGCAACCAAAAAUUUGGAUGUUUUGAAGAAAAUGAAGGUUUCAAUCAAUUUUCGAUGGAUUUUUAUCAAUUUAAGAUGUGAUGAUGAAAAUCAAUCGACCAUUUUUUGCGAUUUUUGAAGAUGAAUUGGAUUGAGAUCGAAAGAUGAAAAUAUUUGGAAAAGGUGGAUCCAAUAUUUCGAAUUAGUUGUGCAAAUUGCAGAAUGGAUGAUUGAUUGGGUUGGAUAAUUAUGAAUUUGGAAAGAAAAUUGGAUAAAUUCAUGAUGAUUGGAAAUAUUUAUUUUCGAGAGAUUGCCGAAUCCGGAUUUGAAUGGAAUUAGUGAGUUUUUUGUGCUUUUUUUUUCAAAAAUCCAUAAUUUUUCUACUGAAAAAUUGGAGUUUUAUUUUCCAAAAAGUUUCCAAAAAUCCAUGAUUUUUCUGAGAAAAAACCCCUUUUUUACUGAAAAAAUAAAGUUUUAUUGAUUUUAAAAAACUUUUUUCCUUCUGAAAAAUUGAAGUUUUAUUGAUUUUUUUCACAUUCUAAAAAAUUUUAAAAUGGAAAUUUUUGAUUUUUAAAAUUGAAUUUUCGAUAAGAAAUACACAGUUUGUAAUUUACAAACCCAAAUCGAUAGAUCUCAAAUUUUUCGAUAAUUUUCGGUGUAGAUCAAAAAUAAUUUUUCUCUAAACCUCUCAUUUUUUUUUGUGUCAAGUUUCUAAAAAUGCGUGAAACAUUUAAAUUUUUUUGCUUAAAAUUUAGAAUUUUUUUAAUCAAAGUUCAAAAUUUUACAGAUCAGAUCAAGUUUCCUGAAGGUUCAUGUUCUAUGUCAAUUUGGUUUGGAUGUUAGAGAAUCGACAUUUUAUUGGAAGUUUCUAUCAAAGAUGUUCGAUGUUUUGCUGUGAAAAUGUCCCGAUUUUUGAGUGAGUUUUUUUCAAGAAAUUUCAAAAAUUCCGAAAUUUCUCGUUUUGAGCUGAAAAAUCAGAGUUUUAUCGAUUUUAAAAAAUACAGAAGAAAUUCAAAAAGUAGACUAAAAAUUUGUCAGAGAAAUCGGAUUUUCGCGAAUUUCAUCAAUCUCAAAUAUUGGAAAAAAAAUUUAAAUUUUAAAAUUUUAAACUUCAUAUUCUUGGAUUACUGUAAAUUUCAGUUUUCAGCUCAAAAAUUUAGAAUUACUUGAAUUUUAGGGUUACUGUAGCUUGAAUUCUUUCACAAAAUCUUAAAUUUCAGUCUACUCUUGGAUUGAUAAAAACAAAUUUCCAUUCCAAAAAAAAAAUAAUUGGUCAUUUUUCAGGCGUCAAAUUCGAAACGUGUUCUCGUCAAAAUCAUUUUCAAUAUUUUGGUAGAAAAUAUUUUUUGGCUGGCUUCGAAUCAUCGGCAAGAAGUUCUCAAAUUUUUCGGAUUUUUGACCAAAAUCGAAAAGAAUUUGAUGAUUUUUCCAACAAAUUGCGAUCGAAUAUUGUGGAAAUUUCAAGGGCUGCAUUCCAAUUGAUGACUGGAUGUAGCAAAUUCUCCAAUUUUUUUUUGUGAGAAUCGGAAAAUGAUUGUAAACAAUCCGGGCGUAACUCCGAUAACGACGCGCAGGGUAUUGGUAGCCGACCUGUGAAAAGUCAAAUGAGUGGCUCCCAUGCCUUUGUGCAAAAACCCCCACGUGGAAUUCAAUUGCGCCAUUUUUCUUUAUGAAAAUGGUGUCCAAGUAAUGUGAAGCGCAAUUUUUGGAUAUUUUGAAGAACAUGAAGAUUCGGAUCGAUUUAUGGAUGUUUCAAAGAUUCUGGAAUUAUUCAAUUUUAUUUUGAUGUUAUGAAAAAAAGCAUGUGUCAAUCGACCAUUUAUUCAAUUUUCUAAAGUUAUUUGGAUUGCGAUCGGAAAGAAAAUAUUGGAAAAUGGUGGCUCCAAUAUUAUUAAUUAGUUGUGCAAAUUGCGAAAUGGAAGUUUGAUUGGAUUGAAUUAUGAUAAAUUUGGAAAGAAUAAUUGGAUGAAUUCGAAUUAAAGGAACAUUUAUGUCAUUCGAUAUUUCAUGCUAUCAAAAUAUUUAUUUUUGAGCGAUUAGAGGAACCGGAUUGGAAUAGAUUUAGUGAAUUUUUUUUUCAAAUGUUUUUUCUUUCAAAAAUCCAUGAUAAUUUUCGAAUUUCAAGAACUUUCAAUUUUUAUCUGAAAAUUAGGAUUUUUCUGAUUUUUGAUAUUGAAGACCUCAAAUUUUUCGAUAUUUUUUGGUGUAGAUCAAAAAUAUUUUUUCUCUAAAUCUCUCAUGUUUUAUUGUGUCAAAUCUCAAAAAAUGCGUGAAACAUUUAGAAUUUUCAAUCAAAGUUCAAAAAAUGUCUUGAAUUACCCUGUAAAUCAUUUUUUUACAGAUCAAAUCGGAAUUUGGAGAUUAUUGGGAAACCAAAAAUUUGGAUGUUUUGAAGAAAAUGAAGAUUUCAAUCAAUUUUCGAUGGAUUUUUAUCAAUUUAAAAUGUGAUGAUGAAAAUAAGCAUGUAUCAAUGCUGACCAUUCUUGCAAUUUUCGACAGUUAUUUGGAUUGCGAUCAGAAGAUGGAAAUAUUGGAGUAUGGUGGCUCCAGUAUUUUCAAUAUAGUUGUGCAAAAUGCAGAAUGGAAAAUUGAUUUGGUUGGAAAUUGAAUUUGGAGAGUAAAAUUGAUGAAUUCGAGUUGAACUUCAUGAUGAUUGGAAAAUAUGUAUUUUCGAGAGAUUGGCGAAUUCGGAUUUGAUUAGAUUUAGUGAGUUUUUUUCGAAUGUUUUUUCUUUCAAAAAUCCAAAUUUUUCUAGAAAAAAACUCUUUUUUCCUGCUGAAAAAUUAAAGUUUCAUUGAUUUUUUUCAAAUUUAAAAUAAGAACUUUUAAUUUUUAUCUGGAAAUUAGGAAUUUUUUGAUUUUUUAGGAAUUUAUUGAAAAAUUGGGAAUUUAUUGAAUUUAUUGACAGUUUGUAAUUUACAAACUCAAAUCGAUAGGUCUCAAAUUUUUCGAUAAUUUUUGGUGUAGAUCAAAAAUAAUUUUUCUCUAAACCUCUCAUGUUUUUAUUGUGUCAAGUCUCAAAAAAUGUGCGAAACAUUUAAAUUUUUCUGCUAAAAAUUUAGAAUUUUCAAUUAAAGUUUGAAAAUUUACAGAUCAGAUCAAGCUUCCUGAAGGUUUCUAGUUCUAUGUCAAUUUGAUUUGGAUGUGAGAAAAGUUUGGCUGUGAAAAUUCAGAUUCUUUGAUGGAUUUGGCGAAAUUUGAAUAUUGAAGGAUGAAAAUGGAAUCGAUAAUUUAUAAUUUGGCCAGUUAUAAAUUAUUCAACAUUCUCCGCCGCAUUUCUGCCAAAAUUUGAAGAUUCCAGAAUUUUGGUGAGUUUCGUAGGAGAAAUAUAAUCCAACAUCUUUUGGUUAAUUUUAUUUCAAUCUCAAAAAUCCAAAGAAAAUUUUUUUUUUCAGAAUAAUGCUCAACAAAUUCGAUAUUUGUUAUCAACUUGUCUAGAAUCUCGAGCAGUUUUGGAGAUUUUUCUGAUUUUUUCUUCAUUCGAAGUGAGUUUUUUUCAAGAACUUUUAAAAAUUCCAAAAUUCCUUGUUUUGAGCUGAAAAAUCAGAGUUUUAUUGGUUUUAAGCAAAAUUUUUGAAUUUAAAUUUAAAAAUUGCAAAUUAUAUUGAUUUUUCAAACAAAUUACGUAUUUUUCAGAACUGA